AUGGCAUUCCAGUUCUUUAGAAGGUUUUGGAGAAGGAUAUUUGGCAUCUCAGCUGGAAGGACAGAAACAGUCCAGAAAUAUGGCAUCAAGCCGAUAGAUGACUAUAUACAGCAUGAGCAUAAGUUCAAUGAGAUAGCUGAAACAAGGAAUAAGCUAAUUAACAAGAACCAGAUGUUUAAAAUUAGGACUAACAUCUUAAAUCCAAUCGAUCAACUUUCUAAUGAUCAGAAGGCACUGAUAAGACACUCACAAGAUGAUUUGGCUGAUCAACUUCAUAGCUUACCAGCUGAGACUAUCUUUGAAGUAUUCGAAGAAGCUGCAAAGGCAAAUAAAAUUAGUGAUAAAUGACAGUUGAUUCUUGAUUUGACCAAUGAUAUUCUUGAUGGAAAAUUGUCACAUAGUAGUGAGGAUGCUGAGGAAAAUGUGCUAGAUCUGUUCAGACUACUUACCUUUAACUUUGUGCAUCCUCAAGACAGGCCAUUUAGGCUAAUGCCACAGUUGUCGUAUAAUUUCAACACAGAAGAGGACAUCACAAGAAUCGGAUGAAUGAAUUAUUUGAAUUCACGAGGAAUAGAGCCAGACGAUUCAUUUUACACAAGACCUGAUCUUGGAGAAUACAUGAUGGGACAUUUUGAACAAUCUCACUUCAAUUCUGACUCAAAACUGACUUUGUCAAUGCUUCGGAAGUCACUAGCAUCAUAUUAUUUGGCUCAAGGAGAAAUCAAAAUUGCACUACUAGAGUCAAUCUUCAAAGAAGCAGGGUCCCCACUUGAACUGAAAUAUAUCAUAAGGCUAAUGCAGAACUCCUUGCUUAUUGGAGUAGGAGAAGGCAGGGUUAAUAUAAUUCUAGCUCAAUUGUUAAAUCAGGAAGGCACAGAAGAAGUUAGACAAAGGAAUGCAAGAGUGAUUGAGAGAGUUGAGUCUGAGGUACUUGGUCACUACCUUGAUAGAGAAAUUGAUACACUUGAAGUCGGUCUUCCCUACCCUGACAUGGUAAUCCGUGAAGAGCAUGAUUCUUCCUCCUUCAGACAUAAGCUUAGAAGGAGGUCUGAUGAAGCUAUUUAUGAGCUUGACCCAUUCGGAAUGAGGGUCCAAAUUCAUUACAGUCAAAAUAAGGACUCAAAACUCAUAAUGUUCCAUAAUUAUCAAGAUGUCAAGGCUGAAACAUUUGGACUAGACAAGAAAAUAUUGUCAAUUCUAGAGGAUUCAAAAGUCCAGGAAUGAAUACUUGAUGCGAAAGUGACUGCGUACCAAGACUCAUCUUCCAAGUUCUAUCCCUUUGAAGAAUACAUGUAUGACAAGCUCAAAGGAGAUAAACCGGAAGUGAGGCCUGUAUUGUACAUCCAAGAUCUUCUCUUAAUCAAUGGAAAGACAAUGGUAAACUCACCAUUGCUUGAGAGAAAGGCAGCUCUUGGAGAGGUUUGCAAAAAUCUUGAUGACAGCUGUGUCAAACUUUCUAAAUUCGAAAAAGUUUCUAUCGGAGACAUCGACUUUGAAGAGAAAGCACAGAACCUUUGUGAUGAAGCAACUGCUCAAGGAUGCAGAAGAUAUGUUUUUAAAACAACUUCUGAGGAAGAAUCAUCCUAUGUUUAUCAGUCCAGGAAGCCUAAAUGGGUGAGUCUCAAGAGAGACAAAUUCUCCGAAAGUGCCGAUCCUGGAGAGGAUAUUCCUACUUUUAAUGUUGUCCCAAUCGGGGCUUUUUUUGGUAAAGGAAAGAAUACAGGAAAGAUCACUUCGUACUUAGUAGCAGUCUAUGAUUCUAUUCAUGAUUACUAUUAUCCAGUUAGCAGGCUUUGGGUUGGGAUCAGUCAAGAUGAUUACCAAGGAAUCAAUAAAGAGCUUGUCCAGAUUGAAGAUGAUAAUUCAAAUAUUAAACUACUGAUGCAAAGAGAGAAACCAGACAAUGUCAUUGCCAAUCCUUCAAUGACUCCUGAUAUUUGGCUGCCAAUUCAAGAGCUUUGGAAUAUUAAAUGCAGAUAUGUCAUAAAGGUUCCUCUAUACAACAUGCAAAGCGAAAAUUCUAUUGAGAUAGGAUUUCUCUUAUCAAGCCCAUAUUUCAUCAACAGAAAAAUUACUGGAGUCACUUCAGAGGAGGAGCUGAGGGAAAAGGUCUCUCACCACCAUGAUUUGAUUGAAUUCUCUAGGAUAUAAAGUAAUCAAAAUAUAACAAAUCUGUAUCCAAUCAUUAGAUUCAUCC